AUGAAAGCCAAAAGGCUAGAUUGGUUUUUGUCGGAGUUACAGGGAUUCGAAAGUCCUAAAAUUAAACUCGAACAGUAUGCAACAUCUCCAGAAAUGGCUGUUUCGAUCGCUGAGUGUAUGGACGAUCAGAUAGACGAUGGUCUGGAAGGGAAAAGUUUAGCAGAUUUGGGUUGUGGCUGUGGGAUGCUCAUGAUAGCUACCUCUUUGACAUCAGAUUUAGAUUAUUGCUUAGGAAUAGAUGUUGAUACUGAUGCACUGAACACUUGCCGAGAAAAUAUUAAUCAUGCUGAAUUAUCUAACAAAUGUGAUCUCUUACAAGCUGAUGUUCUGAGUCUGGAAAAGACGAUUAGUGCACAGUUCGACAUCGUUGUUACAAAUCCUCCAUUUGGAACAAAAAAUAAUGCAGGAUUGGACAUGCAAUUUGUUCAAUCAGGACUUUCCAUACUGAAAGAAGGAGGAUCUUUAUUCUCCUUGCACAAAAGAAGUACAAGAAAUUAUAUUUUGAAGACAGCAAACAAUUGGCAGAAUAUUGAAGCGGAAUGUGUAGCUGAGCUUAGAUGGGAGUUACCAGCUACUUAUAAAUUCCACAAAAAAAAAGCCGUCGAUAUUGAAGUUGAUCUAAUCAUGUUCAGUAAGAAUGUUUGA